ACUAGUACAUCUUGCAUGGAAGUUGGCCAGAGGCAUAAGAGAUUUUACUCAGCAGUUGGCAGUAGUACUCUUACCUUGUGCAAGGUAAAAAGCCAAGUCUCAUCUGUGUUUUACUAUGCAUGAGAGGCACGAGUUCCGCUCUUGCUCAGUGAUGAAGAGGUCCCAAAUAACCAUGCAUUUUACUGCCCUGCAAAACAGAGUACACAGGGGUUUUCAGCAUCCCGAGAGGAUUUGCAGAAAAACAGAAAACAUGGAGAAAAUGCGUGCCUUUUGCAAUAAAGCAAGAGUGGGAAUGUUUUUGAAUAGUCUUUGUUUUUGUUUUUUUCAGGUUUACACUAUCAACUUGGAAUCUCGCUAUGUACUGGUACAAGGAGUUCCUGCAUUAGGUGUUAUGAAGGAAUUAGUGGAACAAUUUGCAUUAUAUGGUGCCAUUGAGGAAUAUCAUGCUCUAGAUGAAUAUCCAGCAGAGCAGUUUACUGAAGUGUACCUUAUAAAAUUCAAAAAACUGCAAUGUGCAAGGGUGGCCAAGAAAAAAAUGGAUGAACGAAGUUUCUUCGGUAGUUUGCUGCACGUGUGCUAUGCUCCAGAAUUUGAAACAGUCCAAGAAACCAGAGAGAAGUUGCAGGAUAGAAGAAAGUAUAUAGCAAAAGCAACAAAUCAAAGAGAUUGCUUUAUGUUAAACAAAGUAGAAGGCCCUAAGAAGACAGCCUCAAAUAACUCUGAGCAUGACUGUCCAUGGAGUACAUCAGGAUCAAGUAUAGCCAGUAACUGGGAUCCAUCCUGCUUUACAAGUUCUCCUGGGGUACCCCACAACACAGCAUAUCCAGCUGGGAAUCAGAAUCAGAGCCUGUUAACACCUCCACACUAUGCUAACAAUUGUGCUGAAAUUUCUGGGUACUUUGGUCAAAACACAUCUUUAACUCCAAGUGUCCAUCCAGGAGUGUGCACUCCACCAGCUUCCUCAAUGCAGCACAGAAAGGUUCCAGCUUGCAAUGGAAUUGACAGGUUUAUGCCUCGUACAACUCACCUGCAAGAACGUAAGAGGAAGAGAGAAGAAGGUAACAAGUUUUCCCUCAUUGGAACAAGUGAGGACACUACUGAAGUUGUUAUUGGUCCACAACUACCAGAAAUACCUAAAGUGGAUAUGGAUGACGAGUCUUUGAAUACUUCAGCUACAUUAAUUCGAAAUAAACUGAAAGAGGUAUGGGUUCUUAAAGCUCUGAUAGUUCAAACAUAGGUGCUUGUUAUACAUAAAAAUAGUGACUAUCUGAUAGCUUUAUUCAGCAUUUACUCAUUAUCAGUUUAUCUGCCACUUAAAGCUAGUGCUCUUACUAUUUAACUUCUCCACAAUCUAGAAUAUUGCAGGCAAUUCCACUCCAGACCUCUUACACUACACUUGAGAAAGUGUAAAUGUCAGUGCAUGUUCUUAUGUGAUUUUUCGUAAACCACUUUUUUUUUCCCAUGUGAAAGCAUGAUAAUUUUGCAGGUAGUCCUCCUCACUCCAGUGUGCUACUUGUAUCUGGUUUCUGAAAGGAAAAGAAUGGAAGUCAGAGUUCAAUGUAAUGUUGCUCCAACAUUUCUUAUGCCAUUAAAAGCUGUACAGAAUCAUUAAUUCCAUGCUGAGAAGCACGUGUUAAGCUAUGUACCC